AUGGGAAAUUGGGUGGGAAGGGACAAAGGGUUGCACCAAAUUGAGGAUCAAGGAAGUAAAAACAAAACAUCUACAAACAGUGUGAGAAUCAAGGUGCGUCUGACUAGCAAGCAACUGGAGGAGUUGAUGGCGGAGCUGCACAUAACCAAAGCCCGAUUCAGAGGUAGGCCACGUGAUCCUCUAAGAUUGCUUGGAAGGAAUGAGGAAUAUCUCUUUUUCAAGAAAGGAGGCAAGAGUAUCCUUUCAGUUAUUGAUAGUGCAUAUCCAUGGUUUUACUUCACAUAG